AGUAGUCCAAAAAAUAAAAAACCAGUACUUUCGGCCAACAAACCCGUAAUACAAGCCGACCCGACGAAAUACCUAAAUGGCGUCGACGUCGGCAUGUCGCGCCGACGGCGUCAGUGGAAGAAUCAGACGCGCCUCUUCCAACCUUUUCUCCGAAAAUCAAGCGCUUGUCACCGAUAUAAGGAAAGCUUGGAAUUCGAUGAAGGAAAUUGCCGUGGAUUUAGAGACAGAUAAUCAAUCCGAGAUGGUGAAGCAGCUAGAAGAAGCUGUUGCUGAACUGGUAGAAGGUCAUGAAAACUGCCUACAUCAUUCAUCAGCAAUUCAAUCUGUUGGAGAGGCAUAUGAACCUGGGGCUGAGUUAACUGAUUUUAAGAAGUUGCUGGAUUCCGAGUUUGAAAAGGUUAAGGCUAGUUCAUCUUCAAAUCUACAGAAUCAUCCACUGAUACAUCAGUUCCAGCAAGCUGUCUGGAAUGUUCACCAUACUGGGCAGCCAAUGCCAGGUGAAGAGCAGGAGGAUGUUGUCAUGACCAGUACGGAGAGCAAUAUUAAGAAUCUUAAAUGUCCAUUGACCGGAAAGCCUAUUACUGAAUUAACAGAACCAGUUCGCAGCCUGGACUGCAAGCAUAUUUACGAAAAGAGCGCUAUCCUGGACUUCAUAAAAUCCAAGCGUGGCAAUGCUAAAUGCCCCGUAUCAGCUUGCCCUAAGAUGCUGCAGGCAAAAAGAGUUGUCUGUGACCCAUUGUUACUCUUCGAAAUUGAGGAGCAGCGCUCAUUGAGUAGACAGACUGCUAGAACUGAUGUCAUAGAAGAUUUCACAGAAAUGGAGCCUCAUGAAGAAUAGUCCAUGGAACCAGUUAUGCAUUUGCCGAUAGAUAUCAAGAUGUCGAAUACUUGUGGUCGCUCCUAGCUGAUUAGAUUUCCUUUGUAUAGUCUUAAUGCAUAUAAUUUUGGAAGUGUAAUUAUGCAGCUUUCUCACUCUAAUCCCUUUCUUCUUUCUCCUUCAGUUUCUGACAGAAUUUGUAUUUGGGAAAGAUGUAAGGAGUUGUUUUGAAUCUCUUUGUGUAUUCCUUCCUGAAGUGCUUGAACCUUUUGCUGGUUAUGUUGGUAGAAAGGUUGGCAUCCUCUCAAAGCAUU